GAGGUCAUUGCAGAAAUCACUUCAGCUGAGGCUGGGAGAGCAGUAAGCCUGGGUUCCCACACAGGCUGAGUCACUGUGAAGAAGGAAGUCUCAGCUGCUUUUUUUUCCCCUUUUCAGCAGGAAGUAGUAGAUCACUUGAGUGAUUGGCUUGCUUGCCUUUUUUCAUUCUGCUCUGUGUUCAUCUUGGAAGGUUUUUGCUGAGUGUGUGUUACAGGUCACUGGAAGCACCUAUUUCUCAAAGGAGUAAGAGGCCACAUCUCCAGAGCUCUGAAAUAACACUGGAAUUCAUAUGAGGGUGAAAGGCCUCUUAAAAAUGCCUUUAUAACAGAGGGCUCCUAAAAGAUGUCUGGCUUGUUUUACUUCAAACUGUCUGGCUAUUUGCUGUUUAGCUGCUGAAGUUUUCCUACUGCUUGUUCUCCUGAAUCCUUAAUAUAUCAAGUUGUCAGAAGUGGCUGCUAUGGAAUCAAGACCAGCUAAACUAAGAAGAUGUAUUCAAGAUGAUCCAGCCAGAAGACUUCUUACUUUAUAGAAAUUCUGAUUUCAUUUAAUAUGUAAUAUCACUUGACUAACCUAGGUUCAGUUAUUCUUCUUGAAAGUAAGACACCUGUGGCCUUCAUCAGAAAUGUUUCUAACAUUUUCAAGAAAAAACAUGUCCCAGAAACUAAGCAUGUUUUUGCUGGUUUUUGGAAUCAUUUGGGGUUUGAUGUUGCUACGCUACACUUUCCAGUAUCCAAGACGUCAAAGCAGUGCUGAGCUGCGUGGUCAGAUAUUAGACCUAAGUAAAAGAUAUGUCAAAGCACUGGCAGAAGAAAAUAAGAACUUAAUGAAUGGUGGCAGCGGAGCCUCUGUAGCAGGAUAUGCUGAUCUUAAGAGGACGAUUGCUGUUCUUCUGGAUGACAUCUUACAGCGACUUGUGAAAUUGGAAAACAAAGUGGAUUACAUCACAGUGAAUGGUUCAGCAACAAAUACCACUAAUGGAACUAGCAACCAAGUAUCAGUAAAUUCAAUUAAACGUGCAAAAGCAGCUGGCAACAUUAGAUAGCAAAGCAGGCUGUGUUGUGUUGCUACAUGUAUGAUAGGUCGUAAUUAAGACAAGCUUUAUCUCUGGCUGGGGCAAAGCAGUAGCUGACUCUAAAUGAAGCAUACGCUGUUCUGUUGAAGAAUGCCUGGAUAUGUGUGUAUAUAUAUAGGCCUAACUUAUGUGCAUAAGGUUCUUAAAGCACUAUUUCAUUGCCUUUGAGCAGUGCUUCUAAAGCGAUCCUUGUUGUCUUUAAAAAUACUUUGAUAUCAUGAUUUGAUGUAGUAUGCCCUUGGAUAAUAACAAUAAAUGGACAGCAAUGAGGUACUUAGAGGUAGGUUUAUAAAAGUAUUUAAUUAAGUAUAAAUAUAGCAUAUCUUUUGGGUAGGUGAGCAGCGUUGUAGCUUAUUCAUUUUUGUGAUCUGCAUUAAACAGGUAACUGAGGAGAACAUCGUUAAACAGAUGUUAGAAAGCGUGUAUACUUAACAGUAUUUUGUUACUCAUUUGCUAAAAUAUUGAAUUGAGGAUAGCGCUUUGGGGGGGAUAGCGUUUUAGAAUUGUGACCCAAAGAAUGUCUUUAUUUGCACUAUCAGAAUAGCUAGAGAGAAUUUACUGUAUAUUUAAGAAAAUUAGUUACAAUAGGAAAGCAUCCCAGGUAGUUACACUGUCCAGGUGUAUCCGUGUGUCACAAUUAAGGCAGUUAGAUUACGAGAAGCAAACAUAACCUGUGAUAUCUUACAGUUGUUUCUUACUCAGAUAUUUAAGUGUAUGUAUUUUUUAACUGCAGAUGAAACUAUUUAAGUGAUGGAAAUAAGUUUUAGAUAUGUGAAUACUGUUUAUUUUUAUUCACUGCUGUUUCUUUUUAACUCGUGAGUAACUUGUGAUUUGUGAUGAGAAUAGCACACCAGCUCCCUGAAAUGCUUCCUUAUCAGGAGGGAGAGCAGCGAAGGGAGACGAGGCAUCUCUGCCUUUAAUAGAGAUAUGUACUAAAGGUGUCUUACCAUGGAAUAUUUCAGAGCUAAGUGCUGUCAUUCUUAAUGUGCCUCAGGUGUUUCAGGAAAAUUGUACGUCUCUGAGGUCUAGUAGGAGGUUUAGUGGUAACGUCUACUACACUUGCAGCUGAAUCACCAGAUCCUCUUACUGUCUAAUGUUUGGGAAACUUUCAGACUGGAGAUGAUACAGGGUGUCAGUGGACAUCUUUAACGAUUAACCCAAAUGCGACCUCCUUACCCAGGACUUUGAUUAGUUUGUGUUGCACAACCGGCUGGCUGCCCGCAGGAUUUGAGCUAAUAUAUUUGACAGUACGGAAAAGGUUUUCUUUCAGAGGCAAGUUUUAAUUUUAUAGCAGCUAAAAAGGUGAAUCAGACUUCUGCAAUGUUGUAUCCCACUUGUUUUUGUUGCCUUAUUUUUUAUAUUUUAAUAAAAUACAAAGUUUUGUAACUUC